UCGCUCUGUAUAUAAAAGGAAAGCUGGGCAUCGCAUCGCAGUCAUCCUCGCUAUCCAUAUAUCAAUCAAAUCAAUCAACCAACACGAAUUCUCUCUCUCGCAUUCACUUUCUCUUCAAUGAGGUUUUGGCGCCAAAUCAAUCGCUCAUCGAGGAGACGGUGAGGACGCCAUGGUUGCUUCUCGAAGCUCCUUCGCCUAUUAUUUCCUGCUCGUCCUUGUUUCGUUCUGUCUGCUCCGUUUGGGAGACCGAAUCAAUUACGAAACCCUAACCCUAACCCCACCACGAACCAAUACAACGGCCGUAAGCGACGUAAACGACGUCGUUGACCGCGAAGCAGCACGGAGGAACUACAUCGUCAGGUUUGUUGAGUACAAAGAUGCUGAAGAUCACCGAGCCUACCUCCAAGGAAAGAUCGGAUUGGACGGUUGGGAGUGGAUCGAGAGGCGGAAUCCGGCGGCGAAAUUUCCGACGGAUUUCGGCGUGGUGGCGAUCGAUGACUCGGUUCGGACGGCUCUCAUUGAGGAGUUUGAGAGAUUGGAGCUCGUGAAGGAUGUUUCAGCUGAUUUGAGCUAUUCGAGGAGCGUUCUCGCCGAGGGAGAUGGCCGAGUGGGAGCAUUCGUGGAUGGGAAGAAACGGCCGGGGAAGAUAUUCUCCUCAAUGUCGUACUGCGAAGGACAGUGUUAUGCAACAGCUAUUAGUAAUUCCACGAUUAGCUGGAAUCGCCAGCUCUUGAUGCAGAGAUACCAAGUUACUUCCUUCUUUGGAGCACGUGGGCUUUGGGAGAAAGGGUACACGGGUGCAAAGGUCAAAAUGGCCAUAUUUGACACUGGCAUUCGGGCGAAUCACCCACAUUUCCGGAACAUCAAGGAGCGCACAAAUUGGACAAAUGAGGAUACACUAAAUGACAAUCUUGGGCAUGGAACCUUUGUGGCAGGGGUUAUUGCUGGUCAAUAUGACGAGUGUCUUGGUUUUGCACCAGACACCGAGAUUUACGCUUUUCGAGUAUUUACAGAUGCACAGGUAUCAUACACAUCAUGGUUCCUUGAUGCAUUCAACUAUGCCAUUGCAACCAAUAUGGAUGUGCUAAAUUUGAGCAUAGGUGGACCUGAUUACUUGGAUCUUCCAUUUGUAGAGAAGGUUUGGGAACUAACAGCAAAUAACAUUAUCAUGGUUUCGGCAAUUGGAAAUGAUGGACCACUUUAUGGUACUUUGAACAAUCCUGCAGAUCAAAGCGAUGUUAUUGGUGUUGGUGGUAUUGACUAUGGUGAUCACAUAGCUUCAUUCUCUUCUCGUGGCAUGAGUACUUGGGAAAUUCCUCAUGGAUAUGGUCGAGUGAAGCCAGAUGUUGUCGCAUAUGGAAGGGAAAUUAUGGGAUCCAGUAUCAGUGCUAAUUGUAAAAGUUUAUCAGGCACUAGCGUUGCAAGCCCUGUGGUUGCUGGUGUGGUCUGUCUGCUUGUAAGUGUCAUCCCUGAACACGACCGCAAGAACAUUUUAAAUCCAGCAAGCAUGAAGCAAGCACUGGUCGAAGGCGCAGCAAGGCUUCCUGAUGCCAAUAUGUAUGAGCAGGGUGCAGGCAGAGUUCAUCUGUUGGAAUCUUAUGAAAUCCUGAAGAGCUACCAACCUCGGGCAAGCAUCUUUCCUAGCAUUCUUGAUUAUACGGACUGCCCUUAUUCUUGGCCCUUCUGUCGUCAACCGCUCUAUGCAGGUGCCAUGCCUGUUAUCUUCAAUGCUACCAUUUUGAAUGGGAUGGGGGUACUUGGAUAUGUUGAAAGUCCUCCAACAUGGCAUCCUUCAGAGGAGGAAGGCAAUCUUCUCAGCAUUCGCUUCACAUACUCAGAAGUCAUAUGGCCUUGGACUGGUUAUCUAGCACUCCACAUGCAAAUAAAAGAAGAAGCUGCACUGUUUUCUGGAGAGAUUGAGGGCAAUGUAACUGUGAAAAUAUAUAGCCCACCAGCUCAAGGAGAAAAGAAUGUUCGAAGAAGUACCUGUGUACUUCAGUUGAAACUAAAAGUGGUUCCAACUCCUCCAAGAUCAAAAAGAGUCCUUUGGGAUCAAUUUCACAGUAUCAAAUAUCCACCUGGUUAUAUUCCAAGAGACUCUUUGGAUGUUCGCAAUGACAUUCUUGAUUGGCAUGGAGAUCAUCUGCACACAAAUUUUCAUAUUAUGUUUAACAUGUUAAGAGAUGCUGGAUACUAUGUUGAAACACUGGGUUCACCUCUUACUUGCUUUGAUGCCCGCCAGUAUGGUACCCUUCUUCUGGUGGAUCUCGAAGAUGAGUACUUUAAAGAAGAGAUCCAAAAACUUAGGGACGAUGUUAUCAAUACUGGAUUGGGCUUGGCUGUAUUUGCAGAAUGGUAUAAUGUGGAUACAAUGGUGAAGAUGAGAUUUUUCGAUGACAACACACGGAGCUGGUGGACCCCUGUUACUGGAGGUGCAAAUAUUCCUGCUCUGAAUGAUCUUUUGGCACCAUUUGGGAUUGCUUUUGGAGAUAAGAUACUCAAUGGUGAUUUUUCUAUUGAUGGUGAGCAUAGUCGAUAUGCAUCUGGAACGGAUAUUGUAAGGUUUCCAGCAGGUGGGUAUGUGCAUGCCUUCCCUUUCAUGGAUAGCUCGGAGAGUGCAGCCACUCAGAAUGUACUGCUAACUUCUGGCAUGGCCAAGGCAGACUCUCCCAUUCUUGGCCUUCUGGAGUUGGGUGAGGGUCGUAUUGCCGUUUAUGGAGACUCCAACUGUUUGGACAGCAGCCACAUGGUUACUCACUGUUAUUGGCUUCUAAGAAAAAUAUUAGAUUUCACCAGUGGGAAUAUCAAAGAUCCAGUGCUUUUCUCAACUUCUGUUAGACGAGCUGCAGCCUUGUACCAAGAUGACAACCAAUUACCAUCUCGAAGAACUGAUGUUGAUUUUUCUACAUAUUCUGCUGUUGUAGGAAAGGAAUUGAUCUGCAGAAGUGACUCCAGGUUUGAGGUAUGGGGGACUAAAGGUUACAGUAUACAUGUCAUGGGAAGAAACCGAAGAUUGCCAGGUUAUCCUGCUAUUGAUUUGGGCAGAGGUUUAAACUCCACUGUUGAGACUUCCAAUUUGAAGCAGCCCCAGUGGACUCAAAAUAAUAAAGGCGAACAUUCAGGAAACAAUAUCUUUGGUUUGCUCUACAGAGACGAGCUUGAUAUGCCUGUGCUAGUUGCUAGUCAUUGGCUUGUCCCGGCUCUUGUUGCCAUUUCUGGUCUUCUGCUUUUCUUAAGCUUUUGGCGAAUUCGACAGAAGCGGCGCCGGCGUAGGAAAGGAUCAAGCUCUGGUCGAUUAGGUAAUCUUUAGUACAGAUAAGUUUUCUGUUUAUUAGGUCUUCUGCUUUUUCAAAAUUUUGGCAACUUUGAGAUGAGACACCGGCAGAGGAAAGGAGAUCCGGCUGUUUGGCCAGUAGUCACAGAUAAAUUUUCAGUUGCCUUUCUCCUGUUGUAGUAUCAUCCUCACACAACACAAAAGUCCUUCUGUAAUGUCAAUACAGAACCUGAGAGUUAUGGCGCUCACAUCAAUACAGGAAUUAGUUUUUGAUCCA